AUGGAAGUGUUGCCGAUCCCACGCGAUGACAUUAAAGAAGCGAUCGAUGAUGUAAUCAAGGAACGCGGCCUUGACGUCAUCACCUCAACGAUCAUUCGCAAUUAUUUAAAGGAAAAAUUCGAUAAGGAUUUCACUUCUUUUAAAAAGCAAAUCGAUGAGAUUACAAGGGAACAGAUUGAGAAAGUGAUGGCAAAGAACAAAGCGAACAAGGAACAGAGUGACUCGGAAAAGGACAAUGGAAAUCAAAGCGGAAGCAGCUUAUCGGAUUCGGACGUUGAGGACAAGGCUCCGCCAACAAAAGCUCCCGAAGUGAAAGCGACAAAAGAGCGUCGUCGCAAAGUUACCCCCGAUGUUGACAGUGACGACGAUUUAAUGACCAAAGUGAAGAGACGCCGCGGAGCGCAAACCACGACCACACGCAAGACAAAGAGCAAGGCACCGCGCAAAGCGGGCAACUCCGCGUUUAGCCGGGUUUUCUACUGUACAGAAGAUCUUCAGGCAAUCACCGGCAAGCCUUACAUGCGUCGAUGUGAUGUGGUGAAAUCAAUGUGGAAGUACAUCGACGCCAAUAAUUUGAAGAACCCGAAAAAUAAGCGAAUGAUUAAUUGUGAUGAGAAUUUGAAGAAAAUCUUCAAAAAGGCGAACUUCUUGGGUUUUGGUAUGAUGAGCGUGCUCACCAAUCACAUUCUUGAUCCAAACGAGCUCGGCGGGGAUCAUGUAGAGCUGGCGAAUGAGGCAAAAAAGCUGCUCAUUGAGGAACUCAACAAAGACAUCAUCAACGACAAUGCCGAUGGAGAGUUCGUGAACAAAGGGAAAGAUGGAGAUGCCAGCGAUUCGGAU